GCUAGGACGAUUGAUUGGGGUCAUCCCCGCGGCAACCGAUGGACAAACACAAAUAAACCGUAGGACACCUUAGAGCGAGACACCUGCUUACCACUUCGCCAGUAGACAACUGACCGUGCGAUAUUCGUUUCGAAGUUUUCGGACUGCGUAUGACGAAUCCGAGGAAAGAUUAUUUUGAGGGAAAGCGUAAGCCGACGAUGCCGCGUAACAACGGUCAUCGCUACCAUCGCUUUCAUCCUCGAGUUGUAUAACUGGACCGUGAAGGCCGUGUUGCCGACCCAGCGUCCUACUUCCAUACGCCUACUUCGAGAUCGAACUGACGAUUAUUAACCUCGAUAUAAACGCAGUAACAAUUAAUCGCGGGAAAUUGAGCGCACUUUUCUCGAAGCGACUAACUUUAGCGCGUUUUCCCCCUCGAUGCGCCUUCGAUAUCCUUCGAUAUCCAUCGAACGAAAGAACGUUGACAUAAGUGAUAUACAUAACUUCGAGUUUUAAUCUUUAUCUUAGUGUUGCUGAAAAUAUCUUCGAUGGACCAAGUUGAUUAUAGAUUUGUCAUAUCCUUGGAAAUAUCGGUGAUCGUUCGACGCUUUUAAUUUUCAAGUCGGAGAAGCUCGAUUGAUCAUGCUUUUUGAUCGUUGCGUCGCGAAGACCUGUAUGACGUUGUACGUUAUAUCGGUGAUUUUUACGGUCCACGGAGAGGAUGCAUCGAGCGGAGGCGAUAAACAGAGACCGACGCGAUCAAGACCGGUGAAUCUCUUUAUAAUUAAUGGCCUGAAGAACGAGGCGGCCAACGUGAGCGUGACCGCUGCCUUGAAGGCUCUGAAGGAGAAAUAUCCAGAUCAUCUAGGCAAUGUAUGGUCCGUGCAAAUCAACGAAAACGAUUCGGGCGAGAGUCUCGAUACUAUAUGUGACGUCUGGGGCUCGGCCGUCGGGAAAGGCGGCUCCAACGUCCCAGAUCUGGUCCUGGACGUGACGACAAUCGGCCCGGGCGCCGAAGCAUCAAAUUCAUUCACCGCGGCCAUGGGAAUCCCGACCUUAUCCGCGGAAUACGGCCAGGAAGGUGAUAUCCGCUACUGGCGAGAUCUGGACCUUGAUCAGAAAAAUUACUUGAUCCAGGUAAUGACACCGGGCGAUCUCGCGCCCGAGAUAAUCCGUCAGCUGGCGAUCCAGAUGAACAUCACGAAUGCCGGCAUUCUCUUCGAUAAGAAUUUCAUUAUGAAUCACAAGUAUAAGAGUUUGUUGUUAAACGUGCCGACCAGACACGUCAUCAACAAUCUGCAGAAUUCGAACGAAUUAAUUAAAGAGCAAUUAAUGAGAUUGCGAGAUUUGGAUGUAGUCAAUUACUUUCUACUGGGCGACGAAAAAUCCAUCGAUACGGUAUUGGAUAUCGCGGAAUCGUUGAGCUUCACCGGACGGAAGUACGGCUGGUUCGUUUUGACUUUGAAUGACGAAUUAUGGCCGAGCUGUCAAUGUGAGAAUAUCACCCUGUUAUACAUCAAGCCGCAAUCGCCGACGUUGGGCAAUCAAAGCGAGGUGGAGUCCGUCGCGAGAACGAUACUCCCGAAAACGUUCCUUACAUCCGCUUUCUAUUACGAUUUGACCUUGUUGGGAGUUCGUGCGAUGAAGUCGGCUUUGGAUAACGGCGACUGGCCCUUGGAACCCCAUCAAAUCAAUUGCAACAUCUACAACGAGACCAACACGCCGACGAGGGGCCUGGACUUUUUGGCUAAAUUGAUGGCGACCUCGAAGAAUAUGACGCCGACGUACGCCGGUAUUCAUUGGGGUAGAAAAAAUGGAGAACACGGCGCGGACUUUAAGAUGUUCAUGUACCUGGUGAACAUGGAACGGGAAAAGAUCGCGUCGAGGAAACAGAGCGGAGAAUGGCAGGCGGGCAUAGAUACGACCGUGCAAAUCACCAACGAGGACAUCAUGAACAACAGCGCGAUAACAAACUACAGGGUGGUUACCAUUCAGCAUGCGCCUUUCAUGAUGUACAACAACAAGACUAAUCGUUGGUACGGUUUCUGUAUCGACCUGCUGGAUGCGAUCCGCGAAACCGUGCCAUUUGAAUACGAGGUGCGCGAGGUGGAGGAUGGACAGUAUGGGGCGUUGAACGAGAACGGCAGUUGGGACGGUAUAAUAAGGGAGCUGGUAGACAAGCGGGCCGAUAUCGGUCUAGGCUCGAUAUGGGUAAUGGCAGAGCGAGAGAAGAUCGUGGAUUUCACCGUGCCCUAUUACGAUCUAGUCGGUCUGACGAUCAUGAUGCUGAAGACGAAGACAACGACGUCGCUCUUCAAGUUUCUCACCGUAUUGGAGAGGGACGUUUGGCUCUGCAUAUUGGCGGCUUACUUCUUCACCAGCUUCCUCAUGUGGACGUUUGACCGCUGGUCGCCCUACAGCUAUCAGAACAAUCGCGAGAAGUACAAAGACGACGACGAGAAGAGGGAGUUCAAUCUCAGGGAGUGCUUCUGGUUUUGCAUGACUUCUCUGACUCCUCAAGGUGGCGGCGAGGCGCCGAAAAAUUUAUCCGGCAGAUUGGUGGCGGCCACAUGGUGGCUCUUCGGAUUCAUCAUCAUCGCAUCCUACACAGCAAACCUGGCGGCUUUCCUCACAGUGUCCAGACUGGAAAUACCUAUCGAGACCUUGGAGGAUCUUAGCAAACAGUACAAAAUACAGUAUGCGCCUAUGUUAAAUUCCCCGGCGUACGUCUAUUUUGACAGGAUGGCGAAUAUCGAAUCUCGCUUUUAUGAUAUUUGGAAAGAUAUGAGCCUGAAUGAUAGCUUAUCGGAUGUGGAAAGGGCGAAACUCGCCGUCUGGGAUUAUCCUGUUAGCGACAAGUAUACAAAAAUGUUUCAAGCUAUGAAAGAGGCUGGCUUUCCAAGCACAAUCGACGAAGCUUUAAAACGAAUUCGACGUAAGGGUCAGUAUGAGAAUAAUGAAUUCGCUUUCAUCGGAGAUGCCUCGACCGUCAAAUAUCUCGUCCUGACAAAUUGCGAUCUAACUCAAGUCGGGGAAGAAUUUUCGAGAAAACCGUACGCUAUCGCUGUCCAACAAGGAUCACCAUUGAAGGAUCAAUUUAAUAACGCAAUCCUCAUACUAUUGAACAAGAGAAGAUUGGAAAAGUUGAAAGACAAAUGGUGGAAGAAUAAUCCUAUGCGGAAAAAUUGCGAUUUAGAAAAUGAUCAGAGCGAUGGUAUCAGUAUUCAUAAUAUUGGCGGAGUAUUCCUCGUAAUUUUCGUGGGCAUUGUCUUUGCUUGUCUCACGCUAGCAUUUGAAUAUUGGUAUUAUCGUUAUCGUGCGAAAGUUAGCGACAUAGCGAUACGUAACGAUACAUCUCCCAAAUCUAAGAUAACAAAAGCAAUCAAACCAAUAAGAUUCAAUUUACAUCCUGCUCCCACACAUGGAUUUAAAUCAAUGCAAUUUAGAUCAAGAUUUUAAGUUCCGUGUUAUUCGGGAGAUAUAUAUAAAAAUAUAGAAAAUAAAUUAUCGCACAAAUAUAAAAUUAUUUUUAGACAAUAUGCUAAUUUUCUAUAAGAUUUUCAAGAUGUUUUUUAGAUUUAUGAAUCUUCAUAUUGAUGUGACAGUGAAGCGGUUAUUGUAAUAUAUGGUAACUUUAUAAAUCAAUUUGCAUGCUCUUAGCAUAUAUCGUACUUGUGACAUGUUUGUGACUUUAGAUAAUUUGUCCUGAUAAAAGGAGAGGAUAUAAUCGGAUUUUUUGGAUGAAUAAAUAUGUGAAGAGAUGGAAGAUUCAAAAUUAUGUAUAAUGUUCGCAAUGCCUUUAAUUUGUCCUUUUCCAUACAUUAUCGCGCAAAUAUAUUUUUGUUCGUUCCACUUUUUUAUUUGCAUUUUCUUUUAUAGCAUUUCCUGAAGACAAAGAGUCAGUUAUAAGUGUUGACACAUUCCAUGCAUUGACAUCUUUCAACAUUCGAUUCUUGCACAUUCUUAAAUCAUCCCUCUCAAAGACAAAGUCAAU